AUGGCUCUCUCCUCGCUCCCGCUCCCGUACCCCUCCUCCGCCUCGCCAUCGCUGCCGGCCACUCCUCGGCCGCUCGGUGCUCUCCUCGCGGGCGUUGCUGAUCCUCUCCCCUGCCCUCGAUACGUCCUUCUCGCUCAGGACUCCCUGCGUCUUUUCCUUGGUCUCGGCGAUGCGGACAAGCUCCAGCUCCCCGAGCCUGGCUUCGCUUCCGGCUCCGGCUCGUCGGAGCACCUGCUCUGCCUUUCUGUCUCCUCGACCAAGCUAUGGUUCGACGAACUGCUGGCCAGCGCUCUUCUGCAAUCCUUCAUUGGCGGAUUCGCUGAUUCCUUCAAUGUCCGUCUUCUACACUCUCAAACCUUCCUCUUCUCUGUCUCGCAUGCGACUUUGGUUACUGCUAUUCUUGGCCUUCGUCCCAUCCAUCGGAGACUGUUCUCGCUCUCCUUCAGCCCGUUCUUGCCACCCGAGCCCUCUCCCUCGGCUCUGGCUGUCUCCUCUUGCAAACCCUUGACGGAUGUCCUCCUGCUGCACCACGCCACGGCCACAAAAUUCGAAAAUGCUGCCUGGGCCAGGCUCAAGUCUUUCGUCACAGUUCCUUCUGCGCCGGCCCCGCCGGCUUGCCGCUUGCGGGUUACUUUCCUCCAGUUCCCCUUUGCGGUUUCGCAGCAACUGUGCAACCUCAUCCUCGCUUGCCUGUUCGGCGGAGUCCCUUCGCAGUUCCACGCUGCUGAGGAAGCGGAAGACGAGUUUUCCUUCUCGGUGGCAAAUCGGGGUGUCGCCGACCUCGUCAUCUCCUUUGGUGCGCUCCGGCGACCUGGGAUGGACGUUCAUUUCUCCAUCCCUGCGUUGCCUUUCAGCAGGAGCGCUCCGGCGGCGGCCUCUUCCAAGCCUGAGAGGCGCACUCUUCCUCAGCCUGGAUCUUUGACAAGCUUGCCUCAAUCACCAGUUAAGACCACCUUGUCCAAGCUUGCCGUGAUCCCAUCCGCUGCUCUCGCUGUGGUGGUUCUGGCCAUCGUAGCUACCAGUGCACCUCCAACCUCCCCCUAG